UGAGAGCACAUAUAUUGUACGAGUGCUUUUGUGUCUAAUAUAAUACUUAAUCGCAUAUAAGUUAUAAGAACGAAGGAGUUUUUUUGAAUUAAAAUGAUGGAAUCAUAUUUCCUUUCAAAACAUUAGAACGGUAACGGUUGGAACCUUAAAGACAUUACACACACAUCAAAGCCGACAGUUUUGCCUGAAAGCAUUGAGUUUGCUGUUAUUGUUGGAGGACAUUUUGUGGUAACAAAAUAUAAUGUAUCGGUACUCUAAGCUCAUGUUAAUAACGUAUAUUGGGUAUGCCAUUGUUUUUCUCACUUGUAUAUACACAAGUGAGUCAAAGGUUGAACAAAGAAGCUAUGGUCGCCGGAUUACUGAAGAAUUUGUUGACAGCAUGAUGCCCGAAAAAUAUUCUGAGAAGUCCAAAAACAGUCCUUUGAGGAAUGUCAAAUACGACAAGAAAAUCACUUCUCAACUAUAUCUUGAACGUUUUACAUCUUCAACAAAUCAAAGAUUGUCAAAGGCUCAAAACGAUUUCGGGCCAACUUUUAAAACUGAAUCUAACAAACUGCCAUCUGUAAGUUUGUUUAUGCGAUUAACAGGUAUGCAUAUAGAAAGAUUUUAUUGCGAUUUUUUAAGGACAAUGGUGUUGUUUUGGCCUCCAUCAUACGGUAACCUUGUUGUAGUGUUGGAUGAGGAGUCUCAACUUGAUCAUAAAUUAGCAGAAAUCAUGAAAGAUCACUUUGCUAAAUACUUUCCUCGUCGUAAUUUGAAAAUUGUGUAUGAAGCUUUACCAAAUGGUCAUGAAACACUCUUAAAAAUGCCAUGGCCUAAACGAGACACUGGUUACAACAGACAAAUUUGGAGCAGUUUUUAUAAUGAUCUGUACACAAAUGAUACGGUUAUAGCAUGGGUUGAUUCCGACACUGCAUUUUCAGCGUCUGUGACCCAUCGUUCAAUGUUUAAUGGCACACGCUUAAGAGUUAUCGGUACCGACUGCACACUACCACACGCUGAGUUUGCAAGAAAAUGCGAUAGAGUUAUAUUUCUUGCUCUUGGUCGACCACCUGUAGGCGACUUUAUGCUACAUUUUCCAAUUUACAUUUAUCGUGAUACAUUUACCAAUUGUAGAAAAUUCUUAAUAAAAAGAUAUAAAGCUCGGGACUUUGAAGAGGUUUAUAGAAAUAUGAGCACAGACGGCCUUGUAUGUCCGGUAAGUCUUGUCCUUAACUAUGCAUGGCACUUUGAGAGAGAACGUUAUGAUUGGAGUCUGAAAAUUUGCACUGCAUCUUUGGAUGAAUACAACAGAAGGUUUGAAAAAAAAGCAGCUAUAAGACCUUCCGACAUCAGAGAAAUUUUAUCAGAUCCUCAGUUAAGUGUUCAUACGGGGGAACCUGGGUCAGCACUUGGUUCUGCUCAGAUAAUAUUAACCAGUUACUGUUUAUCAACUGAAGAGGCUGGAAUAACGGCAAAACAUUGUGUGAGAGAAACAGAUUUUAAUAUCAAUAAUGCUCUGAUCCUUUUUAAAUAUGGAAGAGCACCCGAGACAUGUGUUGGAGAAAUGGUUAAGAUAUGUGUUAAGAUUUUAAAACAGCAUUAUCGUCUUGUUGGUUCUGAAAUAAAGAAUGGGGAACGUAGGAUGAAUUGGAGUGAUAUUGAUGUUGUUGAAACUCUUGUUAAAGACGUCAAUGGCUUAUGUCCAGAUAUUCCUACUGGGAGGCUUAAGAAGAGAAAUUUUAUGGUGUAUGUAAUCUUUCUUCUUGUUUUAUGUUCUAUCUUACGUUUAAUCAUAACAAAAAAAUAUCUUAUAAAGAAAUUUUUGUUUAUUUUUUUAAGAAAAUGCCGUCAUAUGAUGAGAAAACAAUUUCUUUAUAUAGAAAAUAGUUCUAACUCAAAAUAAAACUUUUGUUUCUUUUCUGUA